ACAUGGAGUCAGCUGAUUUCUUGUUUUGCUGGAGGAAUUACUGAUUUUUGUUUUAAGUUGUUUAAUGUUUUUAAAUUGAUGCAUGAACUUAACCAUUUUUCUACGAUAUGUGAACAUUUUAAUUUUUGAAGUGAAAGAAUUUCAUUUCAUUUUGAGAAGUACCUUGCAAUAUUCUUACUGUUUUGUUGCUCUUACAUGCAUUUGUUUGCUUUCACAUCCGAAAAGACCACAUUCAAUAUGCCAUAACCUCCGUUGCAAGCAAUCUAUUUUUCAUACUAAAAAAAUGCUCUCCAUGAAUUUUAGACUGAAAAUUUUGCAUUUCUUACGUAUCUGCUAAGCGAUGUGUUCAAGCUGGUUCAUAUUGCGAUGGCGCAUGUGGAUUCGUCCCGUCGUCAUGAUCAUUUACGGGCUAGUCAUUCUGAUCGUGUUGCCCAUUUGUGCUGUCAAAUUUCAACAAAAUGGGACAUCUCCUCACAUGCAAGCCUGGUUCACAGGUGGCAUGUUCGUGUUGCUAGCUCUACCCAUCACUUUCUGGGAAAUAACUCAACACCUUGUUCACUACAAUAAGCCUUACCUCCAGAGAUACAUUAUACGAAUACUUUGGAUGGUUCCAAUUUAUGCUCUUAAUGCAUGGCUCGCUCUCACCUUCCCUAGUACCAGCAUCUACCUUGACACCUGUCGUGAGUGCUAUGAGGCGUACGUCAUCUACAACUUCAUGAUAUUCUUACUCAACUUCCUUCACUAUGAGAUGGAUCUGGGCUCAAGGUUGGAUUCCAGGCCACCUGUUAAAUAUAUCUUCCCCCUCUGCUGCUUUCCACCCUGCCCGGGAGGACAGUACUUCAUCGAUGCUUGCAAGCAUGGCAUUUUACAAUAUACUGUGAUUCGUCCUGUUACUACUUUAAUUUCAUUAAUUAGUGAAUUGUGUGGUGUUUAUGGUGAAGGAGAGUUUUCUGCAAAAUAUACUUAUCCCUACAUCGUUGCUGUAAACAAUUUGUCUCAGUUUGUUGCUAUGUACUCCUUAGUCUUGUUCUAUCAUGCCAAUAAGGAAGAACUGGCACCCAUGAAACCAAUCGCCAAGUUUCUGUGCAUAAAAGCUGUUGUCUUCUUCUCUUUCUUCCAAUCUGUAAUCAUUGCCAUCCUGAGCUAUGUCGGAAUCAUCACUGAAUCCUUCUCAGCGCCAGGUGCGGAUGUUGCUGAAGUGGGAAGAAGCUUACAGAAUUUCCUGAUUUGCAUUGAGAUGUUCUUGGCGUCGGUGGCCCAUUACUUUGCCUUCUCUCACCAGCCUUAUGUGGACAUGGCGGCCCAGCAAGUCCCCUGCUGCCUUUCAUUUAUGAGCAUGUGGGAUGUCUCGGAUGUCACACGUGAUGUCUCAGACCACAUCCGACACGUUGGUAAAACAGUGAAGCUUUCCGUGUCAGGGCGCCAUCUGGCGACGAGCGAGGAAGCGAAGCUCCUUCUUAUUCCAGACCAUGAGAUGGACCAGCCUUCCAUUGCGUCCAUUAAGUACAACAGCAUGAGCAGGACACAGCCGGCUGUUUACCACGAAGAGCCCGAAGACCUUACACCCGACGUGCAGGCUUGACCUUAAGUGAAUGUGAUAGCAGUAUUUUUUAAAGACAAUAAGAAAUUAUAAUUUUUGAUGAAAUAAAGUAUG